AUGACGACCAGAAGCCCGCCUGUAGAGCCUGAGGAAUUUCGCGGCCAGACGCUGACGCCCGUCUCACCGAAGCCCAUUCACUAUCCUGCGCCCGCCAACAUACCCGUGCUUGAGAAGCAGAUGGAUCCCGUCUUCAAUGACACGGCGACCCACUACCCGCCCGAUGACGCCCAGCACGACCAGCAAGACAAGCAGAGCACACACUCGUCGGCCGACUCGCUGUACGCCGACCAGCCCGCCGCAGAGCCGCUGCGCGAGCCGCCGCCGCAGCAGGACGACGAGUACGCGCGGUCGCUGGCGUUUGAGGAUGGAGAGGGCGCGGAUAAUCAGGAUACCUCAAAAAUCCAGAACUUCGCACAUUCGAGCUCCGUCCCCGCUGAUGCGCCCAGUGACGCUGCCCAGCCGCCCUACACCAGCCAGCCCUAUGCACCGCCCAACGGCAAUGACGGCGGCGUUGACUUCCAGGCCCUGCUGGAUAACCUAGCCAAUGCCUCUGCUCCUGCCGACCAGAAUGCUCAGGCGCAAGCCAACCCAUCUCAAGUGCCUGCUCCAUCAGUCCAGACGUCUGCGCUGCCCGGCAAUCCCAACCUCCCUCCUCGCCCUCCGCCUCAAGAGAAGCCCGCCACGCAUCCCAACUACACGCCCGGAGAUGACAUUCGCUCCUAUCACCCCCACAGCCAGAAGAACCCCGCCGCCUCGUACCGCGCCCAGCCCGGCCUGCCGCCGUUGAUGACCCAGGGCCAGGCGCCGGGGGCCGCCGGCGCACCCUUGUCCCAGCCUGGCUACCAGCAGACCCCUGUUUCGGCCAUGUCCCAGCGCACCGCCAGCCCAGCCACCCCCAGCUACCGCCAGCGCGACUCGGUCGACCGCCGCCCAGACCGCGACCAGGUUGACGACAGCGAUGUGCCGUGGGGCCCUGACGUGCAGAAGCUGUACGACGCGUUCCUGCAGGAUGAAAGAGUUUACGUGACCGAAGGCCAAUGGGACAAGUUUCCCUCCAACUCGCGCCUGUUUAUUGGCAACCUACCAACUGAGAAAGUGACCAAGCGCGACCUCUUCCACAUCUUCCACCGCCAUGGCAAGCUCGCCCAGAUCUCCAUCAAGCAGGCGUAUGGGUUUGUUCAGUUUUUGGAUGCCGGUGCCUGUUUGCGGGCCCUUCAGUCAGAGCAGGGACAAGUCGUGCGAGGCAGGAAAAUGCACCUAGAGAUCUCCAAGCCGCAAAGGAAUACCCGGAAGGAAGAUGACAAGACUCAGCGUAGUGACCGCAAUGGCGCCCGGCGCAGGUCACGAUCCCCUGACUACACCCGCGGCGCCUCGGCAAGUGCGCCUCGGAAUGUAGACAGGUACACAGGCGCAAGUAGCGCUUCACCCCGGAGAGAUGAAUUCCGGAGGAGCAGAGACGACUACCGUCCGGGAAGAUCACCAUCGCCCCGUGGUUACCGGCGCGGUGGCCGUGACCGGAGCCGUGACCGCUAUGAUGGUCGCAGAAGAAGCAGAUCCAGGUCGCCCUACGGCCGCGGCGGGAGAUACAGAAGUCCAACUCCUCGCCAUGAUCCUGAUGAUGAGUUGACACUUCCUCGGAGGCAUCCUAACGAGGUGCCUGACGUGCAAAUCCUCGUUCUACAGCCCGGUGAAGUAGACAGACACUUCAUUGCCUGGGUGGAGCAGACCUUUCAGGAAAAUGGCGUUCGCGCUGACGUGCUCCUCUUGAGCCCGCGCCUGAACGAAGCAGCGGUAGUUCGACGUCAGAUUCUGGAAGGUGUCCAUGCCGUUUCACGCAUGACACGCCUUUGUCAGCAGACCGGACACAUUCCUUUGCAGGUCUUCAACCGGAGUGCUGGCCAGUCCAAUGUCACGUUCGAAGAAUACGACAAUCUCGAUGUGCGUGUCUGCGCUCAACUCAUCCUCCGCGCCAAGGAACAGAGCAUGCCUGCUCCAACACCGACCUAUCCUACGACUUAUGGUAUGCCUCCUCCAUCGUACGGCAUACCAUCCGUUCCCGCGCCCGCAGCAUCAUACGGCAUGCCGGUCCAACCAGCCGCACCACCAGCCGCACUUCCUGGAGCUGGACCCGACCUCUCCAGCCUCAUUCACAAUCUCGACUCCAACGGACUCCAGAAGUUGCUGGCAGGUAUUUCACAGCAGCAACCGGCCGCUCCUCAGCAGCAACCCCCUUCAACAGUCCUUACCCCGGGCUCGACUGGUAUGACACCUGACCUCGCUCGCCUCUUCGGCGGUGGCGGCGCCUCGGGACCUCCGCCGCCUGCGGCCAUCGCGACGCAGCAGCAGCAGCAGCCCACGGGGUACCCGCCGCAGCAAACGUGGCAGCAGCCCGGCGGCCCAGUCAGCCCGUUCGGUCCCCUGCAGGGCAACCCAGCCCUCGCGGGAUUCAUGCCGCCGCAGCAGCAGGGCCACCAGCAACCAACAUCGCAGCAGAUUCCUUUCACUCAAUCGCAGCAGCAGCCACAACCCGGUGCGGUGCCGCCUCCAGCGGGAAACAUGCAGGAGAUUAUGGCGCAGUUGGCCAAGUACCGGCGCUGA